GACACCGACAACGACACCCACGACCGCGCCGACAACGACAUCCACGCGGAGAACCACAGAGAAGUACAAGCCUGGAAGCAUGCCCAAACCGUGCUGUCUUCCUGACAAGUUCAGCGCCACCGAGUUCGAUAUGGGUCAGAUGCGCUGGGCAGAGGUCAGUGUGGACUUCACCCGCAGAAAGAAGGUCAUCUUGUACCCUGGACAUCACGACUUUAUCUACUUCGAUAUCGCCAGGGACAAAACCUACAAACAGACUAAUCACGACUGCUGGAUCUCAGAAACAGACGCCAUGGAUGAGGUGUUCCAGUGUAUCCCCGAAGACGCCGAGAUCACCUUUGGGGACUCCUCGUUUUUCCGGAAUCUGAUGCCCAUCUCCACGUGGACGUUUACUGAGGGCAACGUUAAAGUAGAAAUGACGGUGACGAACGAGAACUGCUACCCUAUCUCGGCUACAUACACUGACACCGUCUACGGCUUGGUGCGAUCUAUCUUAACCUUUUCCAACCUCAAAGAAAACGUCGACCCAUUGGCAUUCGACAUAGAUUUGUCCAACUGUGAACACCGCCUUUAGAUCUGGGACCUUUGGGACCGAGAAAUGACUCAGACUAAGGAUCUGCUAAUCUCUUGAAAUAAAUUUUCGUCAGACACUGACCUUG